CAAUACCUCAGUUUUUCUCUCUGAACGCCACCCCCGGCUAAACGACACAUAGCUCAGCCCACUAGGCUCAUCAACCCCCUCAUAAAGGAUUCGAAUCCCUCACUCUCACCCUCGCUCCCCGCCUCCCCCCUUUUCCCCAAUCUCCGACUUCUAUCUAACCUACUACCUCUUGAUAGAUAUCAUAUCGUUAUCGGGCCCAACCAUGAAAUACCUCACACGGUGGCGCUCCAAACGCAAAGCACCCGGCAUCCCAGACAAAUAUCAAGCCCCCGAGCCCGAAGAAAUCCAAAUCCAACAGCCAGCACAACCAAAUGAUGCCGCCGCCGUCCCCGGCCCACCCUCCAUCCACGCAACGUGGUUCAAUGUCCACGAUCAUUCGGAUUUCCGGAGCAUCAGCAUCAACUUACCCGCCACCAUGGACGAGAUCACCAUUGCUAUCGGAAACCAUGUGAAAGACGGUGCCUACCACAUCGUCAGCAUGAGCGCCAGCGCAUACUCGAUAACGGUAGUCUGUUCGACGGAGAGAUCGCGAGUGGAGUUCGGUGAGUUAGUACAGAAGAUGAAGGGGGAAGUGGGCAAGAAUGGGAUCAUUUCGCCGGAAGAAUUGAUGCUGCUUCGGGAAUGGGAGGCGAAAUGGGGCGUAGUGGAGCAGAUGCCUACGGUGGAGGGUGUACUGGACUGGGAUUCGGAACCAAAUCAUCGAGUGUUGAGCGCUCGACAGAGCACCACGGACGUGUCUGGGAGGCGGGAUUGGAAUUGAAGAGUUGCAGUAUCUACUUUGAUGAAUCUAUACCCAUAUAUAUAUAUGUGUGUGUUUCUUGAUGGGAGGCGCUGCUAGUGUUUUGUUCGUACUUGGUCUGUGUGUGUUGGAAGUAGGCUACCCUCCAUAGUUUACCGAAGGAAAAGUUGCGAUAUUCACA